GUGCAGAACUGAGCAUCGCAGAAGAGCGCUCAUUUCUUGGAGAUUUUUACGGACUGCGCCAUUCCUUCACGUUCAGCACGCAGGCGAAGUGAUCGCAAGUUUGGUGGGAUAUUCAGGGACGAUUUGAUCCGACUUUGAUGCGGGAUAAACCCAGUCUGGUUGGAGAUUUGAACGCGACUUAGCGGAUUUGAUCAGAUUUUUGCGCUCACGGUUUAGUUGGUGAAGUUUGCGUGGCGCCAGAGGGAAAAUGGGCUUAGCUGGGUGUAUAGUUGUACCCUGGAGAUGCCUGGCAGUGGUGGCUCUGAGACUGCUGUUCCUUCUGCCCGCAGGAGUUCCAGCUCGGAGCGGAGAUUCCUAUUUAAAGGACAACAUCACGGUAAAACAAGGAGACAGCGCCGUCUUAAAAUGCAAUGUGGACAGCAAGGUAUCGAGGGUAGCUUGGCUGAACCGGACCACCAUUCUCUUCACAGGGAGUGAGAAAUGGUCCCUGGACCCACGAGUGGUGCUUCUGAAUAACACUGCCGUGACGGAGUACAGCAUAAAGAUCCUGGACGUUAACCUGCAUGACGAGGGACCGUACGUGUGCUCCAUCCUCACAAACAAGAAACCCGAGUCCACCAAAGUUCAUCUCAUCGUCCAGGUUCCUGCCAGGAUUGUGAACAUCUCAAAAGACAUAACGGUGAACGAGGGCAGCAACGUCAGCCUCAUGUGUCUGGCCAUCGGACGACCUGAGCCCAGUAUCACAUGGAGGUAUCGCACUGCUAGAGGUCGUCAGAUCAUCACUGAAGGGGAGUACGUCGAGAUGACUUUUAUCAGUAAAGAACAGUCUGGAUCGUACGAGUGCAUCUCGUCGAAUGAAAUCUCACCUCCAGAUGUCAGAACAGUACAAGUUACAGUAAACUAUCCGCCGGUCAUAUCGAGAGCACGGGGUACGGGAACCGCGGUGGGACAGAAAGGGGUGCUGCACUGUGAGGCGUCGGCUGUUCCUCUUGCUGACUUUCAGUGGUACAAGGAAGACCGACGCCUGUUGAAUGGACUUAAUGGAGUCAAAAUCGAAAACAAAGGCAAACAGUCAAUGCUCAUAUUUUUCAAUGUGUCUGAAGAGGAUUAUGGGAACUACACGUGUGUGGCCAUGAACACGAUGGGAAUCACGAAUGCAAGCAUAAUCCUGUAUGGCCCGGGAGCGAUACAAGACGUGAACAAUUCCGCUUCUUCUCCAUCCACCUCUCUCUGCCUUCUGUUGGCUUCGCUUCUCUAUAAUCUAAUCAAGUUUUGAUGCUAAAGACUCCCUCCGCUGCAUCAGAUACUCCCAACAGAACACAAAGACAGACUCAAAGCCCGUAAAAACAAAACAGAUCGUUUCGGUUUAUUCAUAUAAAUAUGUUUAAUUUUCAUUUCGCCUUGGUUAGGUAGAGGUGGGAAAGAAAAGACACUUGCUGAGAGUCUCGCAGAGAGUCCGUCCUGGGAAAACUCGAGACUGCACACGGUAGGGUUGGAUAGGGUUCUGUGGUUAGCUGCUUAGAGCUGCGUUUAGUGACCUUCACGUUUUGUAUGUAAAAGAAAAGCGAAAUGCGUUCGUACAAACCUGGCUGGUUUUGCUCGGUAUUGAAGUGUGUAAGUCGACUUGAGACGUCUGUGUAAUGUCAGGUUUUCUUGUAAAAUACUAUGGAGUUCCUGCAAAUGAAUUCUUCUUUUUAAUAAUGGACAAAAGUGCAAAAAAUCAUGUGAACUUUGAUUUAUUGUACCUGUACAGAUGUAUACAGUGAAAUACAGUUUAUUCCAAUAUGAGUAAUAUGUACGUAAAAUAGCUCACAUUUCCUGAAAAGAGUCUGGUGCGUAUAAUGUCUGUUUGUCAUUAAAAAAUGUUCAGAUUUUUAGCACAUCACUGCUAUUUUAGCACACACACACACACACGCACACACACACACACACAGUGUAGGUUAGUCACAGGAAAAUUUACAGUAUUAUGAACAUGUGUAUGUUUAGACAGUAGGCAGCACAAUGAAUCUGCAAAAUCUGAUGCAAUACUCGUGCACAUUUAUUUCGAAUUUCUUUCACAUGGGGUAAAGUAAUAAACGUUACAGAUGUCCCAACCCCAGUUAUUUUAUUUAUUUAUUUAUUUUUUUAAUUUAAUACUGAUAUGUACGACAGCGUAUUAGGGCCACUGUAAAAAAAAGUUAUACUUAGUUUCACUAAUAAAAAAAUCCUCAAUCUCCUGCACAUCAGCACCAGUUUGUUAUUAGUAUAAGGACGCUGAAACUGCUUUGCAGUAAACUGUGUUUAUUUAGAAGAACGUUUGCCAGUGCGAACGGCGUCUGCAUCAUCACCAGUACUUCUACCGAGACUUAUAGACUCGUACAAUAAACUAAAGCCACAUGGCAUCGCUAUAAAUGGUUGCACUGGCGGGUUUAGUCAUCAUGUCAUGUGGAUGGAAGCGUACAAUACAAACAACCACCCAAAAAUAAUCGUGGGUUAUUGGAUAACCACAGUAAACGCACAGUGGAGGCUGCCGAUCCAGGUACUGAGACCCGCGCUUCUCUGACUUUAUUCUCAUAAUCAUUUCGACUUUAUUCUCGACUUUAUACUCCCUUUUUACAGUGGCCCUAAUCCACCGUUGUAGAAAUGAUAUCAGUUAAUACCUCACAGAGAUGUGGUACUGACACCCUCACACUACAUGCAAACAGUGGUACAUUCUAAUUAAAGCUUUAUGUUAAUCUGGAUUAUGUAUUGCGAAUAAUCAAUAUAUAUGGCACAUCAUGCAAUAGUUCUCUUAUACUUUGGACUUUUCUUUAAAUCAGAUUAAAUUUAUCAUUCCAGGUUUGAUUUAUGAAGGUCAGACUUUGUUUUAUUAUUUUUACUAAACCUUCUUGACAGUAAUAAUAAAUCCCUGCCUCCUCGUUACUAAUUGCUCACGACUAGAUAAGACUUACUGGAGAAGCUAUGUUUUUAUCUGUUUACACUCUGUUAAGGUAUUUUACCAGUGUUCUUUCUCAGGUUUUAAGAGAUGACUUUAGUUUUUGUGUGCCUGUGAAUGUCUAUGCUUGAAUCUUUAUGGCAAAAGAUAUUAAAAUAAGGCCAUCAUUAUUUGUUGAA